GGUGGGUUGGAGCACCACUGUGAGUGUGUGUGUCUGCAGCUGGGGCCAUGACACUCACGCAGAUCAUUCUGCUCUUUGGCCUGGGACUGGCAGCAGCUAAGCUAACAGGUGAUACAGAAACUGAUGUUGAUGAAGGCCAUGACUGGGACAUCUUUAACAUCAAUGAAGCGGCUGGGCUGGACUUGUUGGAGGGAGAUAUCCAGCAGGAGGAGACAUUCAGCAGAAACUCCAUCAUAGAAGAUAAAUAUCGCUGGCCAACAACCAUUCCCUACUACCUAGAGAAUAGUCUGGAUAUGAAUGCAAAGGGAGUGAUCCUGAAGGCAUUUGACCAGUACAGACUGAAGACGUGCAUUGACUUCGCACCAUGGAAAGGGGAAGAGAACUACAUCUCUGUGUUCAAAGGCAGUGGAUGCUAUUCUUCUGUAGGCAACCGGCAUGUGGGGAAGCAGCAGCUGUCCAUUGGUAACAACUGUGAUCGUCUGGGAACUGUUGAGCACGAGUUCCUGCACGCAUUGGGCUUCUGGCACGAGCAGUCCAGAGCUGACCGCGAUGAUUACAUCAACAUCAUUUGGGAUCGCAUUGAACCUGGUAAAGAGCACAACUUCAAUACCUAUGAUGACACGGUGUCCAGUGCUCUGGGCGUUCCCUAUGACUACGGUUCUGUAAUGCACUACAGUAAGACGUCCUUCAGCAUCGGCUCUGAGCCCACCAUCGUCACCAAAAUCCCACACUUUAUGGAUGUGAUUGGUCAGCGGAUGGGGUUCAGUCAUAGUGACUUGACCAAGCUCAACCUUCUCUACAACUGCACCAAAUCGUCAACCUUUGUGGAAAGUUGUAACUUUGAAGAGGAGAACAUUUGUGGGAUGAUUCAGGGUCCUGGCAAUAGAAAGUGGGAACAACAUAGUUCUGUAAGUGGAGGCCCUCAGACUGACUUCUCCAACAUGGGACAGUGCAAAGGAAAAGGUUACUUCAUGCACUUCAGCACAGCCUCUGCUGAACCCGGUGACCACGCGUUCCUGGAGAGUCGUUGGCUUUACCCCAAACCUGGAGCCCAGUGUCUGCAGUUCUUCCUCCACAACACAGGGGCAGCUGAUGAUGUUCUCAACAUCUGGGUGCGAGAGUACGACAAGGCCAACCCCAGCGGUAAACUGAGGCUCUUCAAGAGCAUUUCAGGCAGUGUCACAGGCUCCUGGGAACUGCAGAACAUCAAUCUCGACGUGACAAAGAAGGCUCGAGUGGUUUUUGAGGGUGUCAGGGGAAACAGUCCAUCAAAGGGAGGUUUUUCCCUGGAUGACAUUAACUUGGCAUCUACAACGUGCCCUCAACACAUCUGGCACAUCCGCAACAUCACGGGCCUGCUGGCCACCACGCCAGCAGGAAACAAACUAUACAGCCCUCGCUUUCUGUCACCAGCAGGUUACUCCUUCCAGGUAGGAGUGUACCUAAAUGGGAAAAGUACCCAUCCAGGGUACAUGGCCAUCUACUUCCACCUGACCUCAGGCCCCAACGACCACAAGCUCAAAUGGCCGUGUCCGUGGCAUCAGGGAACUAUGGCUCUGAUGGAUCAGCACUCUGACAUCAGACAGCAAAUGAACAUGCACCGAAUGGUCACCACUGACCCUGGCAAGAUAUCCUCUGAUGGCACUGAGUACUACUGGGACAAUCCCAGGACGGUGGGCUCCAGGGUGACUGCAUCUGAUGGCAGCUAUUUCUAUCGAGGCCCGGGAACUGGAACAAGUACCUUCAUCACCCACAGUAGAAUGAAGAGCAGAAACUUCAUCAAAGGAGACGAUGCCUUCUUUCUCUUAAGUCUGGAAGAUAUAUCUGAUCUGCUGGUAUCUCAGCCUCGUCCUCGCUCUGCAGACCACACUGAUGCCAGGCUGAUAAAGGUUGCAGACCAAGGUACUCCACCGGAAGCUGCCAAUAACCCCAUGGUUGUAACAGCUGUGGCAGGUUCUGUGGCAGCAGCCAUGUUGGUAGUUUCCAUGCUGCUCAUCUGGAGGAUGAGGAGAAGACAACAGGAGAGCAAAGAGGUGGUGAUCAUACAGGCCAUGCCUGGAUCCACGGAGGAGAACCAGACCAAAUAUUUACCAUCUGCUUUCACCACCCCAUAAUCUCUCAAACAAAAGAAAAGUCAGCACUUGCCAGAAGAGAGCACAUUUCUAAAUGCCACCUGACUCCUUUUCAUAUACAAUCUGAGACUGAAUAAAAUUUCUUCACAAGCACGUGUGUUCAAAUCAUUUGUUCCUUCCUCAUU